AAUUGUCAGGGCUAAAUGAACUUUCCUUCCAUCCAAUUGCAACCUGAAACAGCCAGGUCUUUGGAGGGUCUGGGUUCUCGAGACAGGGGAGAAGGGCAGCACAUCAGGAGCUGUCAGAUCCCACACAAGUCCACAGAAGCAUCAGGAAUCAGUUCACUGGGAGCACUAGACCAGGAUUCAUGGUGGCUGCUGUCUGAGUGGGUACAAGAGAGAAGGCUUCAGUUGGAUCAGUAUCAGAGCAUGACAGGACAGCAGCAAUGGACGCUUCUGGCCGUCAUGGCCCUCCUGGUCCUCACAGUGACAGCAGGCGAGGGGGGGAAAGCUGAGAAACAAGGGAAGAAGGAGCGUAAGUCGGACUGUGGGGAGUGGCAGUGGAGUGUGUGCGUGGCCAAUGAGGGUGACUGCGGCCUGGGCACCAGGGAAGGCACACGCACUGGCACCGACUGCAAGCAGACCAUCAAGACCCAGCGCUGCAAGAUCCCCUGUAACUGGAAGAAGCAAUUUGGAGGUGAAUGCAAGUAUGACUUCCAGGCCUGGGGAGAGUGUGACAUGGCGACGGGGAAAAAGAACCGGACAGGGGUGCUGAAACGCGCUCUCAUGGAUGCUACCUGUCCUAACACAGUGAGCGCCACCAAGCCCUGCGGCAAGAUCCCCAAGACCAAGCUGCAAGAUGCCAAGAAGCCGAAGCGGGAGGGGAAGAAGAGGGAACGCACCCUGAUGGAUUAGUGGUGCAUCAUGGGAAGCAGGAAGUGGAAGUUGAUGCUUAUACUGCCCUAUCUCAACAUGGUUCCUAUUUGUUUGUCCUGUAGGUUUAUAUGUAUUUCUUUCCUAAUUUCUCAUAGGAAAAUCUUGUAGGGGAUUUAAUACUCUGUGUGAAUAAUACAAAUUAAGCAUUUCUUACUAAAAUGCUUACCUUAACAUUUUUCAGUGUCAUUGUUGGAAAAACUAAAUAUAUUGGAUUUUUGUUCAUAUUACAUAACAUCCUUUUUGUUUGAGGUGACAAAAUUAUUCUCAAAUAAAACAUCCUUUCUUGCAUGUCUUGAUUUAAAGCAGCUUCAAGUUAAAACCUCAUGUCUUUACUGGGGUUUUAAAGGUUAUUUUGCUGGUUCCCUCAACAGAAAAAUUGCUAACAACUUUUGUAACAAUUUGAGGGAAUACGUUAAUAAGAAACAUAAGUACUCAUUGAUGUAAAGGAAAUUCCUUUUCUAAUGUUAUCUACAGUGAAAGAUGUAAACUAUUGUCAGAUGACUGUAUACAUUAGAUACUGUACAGUUGUUAGUGUGUAAGAGGUUGUGUCCAGUAUUAGUUCUGGUCCUCCUGCUAUUAUACCUCACUUUGUAGUUCCCCCGCUCUCCAGGUGAACUCUGAGUAAAACUGUUAUUGUAGUUUACAACUGGAGUUGACCUGUCCUAAUUAUCGACUACAUUUAAAAAAAUAAAGUUUGAAAUGAUGUCCAAA